CUCAACUCGUGGUGAAACAUCACAUGCAAUGCAAAUGUUUUGAUGAGUGUUUGACUGAUUGAAUGAACGGCUGUUUGAUUGCAUUGACAGUGAGUUGUGUUUGUAUUGAACACAUGAGUGACUGUUGAACACAAUUGCCGUGAAUUGCAAUCAAAGCACAAAACAAUGGGUUUAUUGAAGAUAAUCAGAAAAAUCAAACAAAAGGAGAAAGAGAUCCGAGUUUUGGUUUUAGGACUCGACAACUCCGGCAAAACAACUCUUCUGAAGAAACUGAACGGUGAGGACGUGUUGUCCAUUUCACCCACUCUUGGCUUCACUAUCUCUACCUUCGAGCACAACAAUCUUAAGCUGAAUGUGUGGGACGUCGGCGGACAGAAGAGUUUGCGAGCCUUUUGGCGCAAUUACUUCGAGAGCACUGAUGGACUCAUUUAUGUUGUCGACAGUUCAGACACUUUCCGUAUGAAUGACUCCAAACAAGAGCUACAGAACCUCUUGAAAGAGGAACGCCUAUUAGGGGCUACACUACUAGUGUUGGCCAACAAACAGGAUCUGUCGGGUGCUGUCAGUUGUGAGACAAUUAAAGAUUUGUUGCAAUUGGACUCAAUUAAGACCCAUCACUGGAAAAUCGUGGGAUGCAGUGCUUAUACGGGACUCAAUCUCUUGUCGUCCAUCGAUUGGCUCUUAGAAGACAUCUCUUCACGUCAAUUAAGGAUUUGUUGCAAUUGGACUCAAUUAAGACCCAUCACUGGAAAAUCGUGGGAUGCAGUGCUUAUACGGGACUCAAUCUCUUGUCGUCCAUCGAUUGGCUCUUAG